AUGUCGGCGCCGAUACUUCCUGGCGCACAAGCCGGCCCAUCCUCGCUGCCCUCAGCUUCGGCCAGUCAACGAGCUCGCCAGAUCCAACACGCACUGAAAAGCAUCGUCCUUGAGACAGCAUCCACCUUGCGGUCAAGAUCACAGCUCGCACGACUCCAAUCGGCAGGACUAACAUCAUCGGCAUCAACAGCGGCAGAGAGCGUCAAUGAGUCGAGCUCGAGCAUGGAUCAGCUGACAGGCGAAUGCGCGCGAUAUCUCUCCCUGGUUCACGGUCUACGAGACUAUCUGCUGCACGCCCAAGCAGCGCUGGAGAUCGAGUUGGAAGCGGCUACACAGAGGGAGGCGAAGGAGGCGCAAAUUGCGGCCCUGGCCGCGGCAGAGGCGCUCAAGAUGCAACAGCAGGCGGAAGAGGCUGCCAAGAAAAAGGCCGAGGAAGAAGCAGAACGUAAACGCCUCGAGGCGGAAGAACAGGCUGCAUCUGCGGACACGAAGAACGGCACUAUGAAAGAUGGUGAGGGCAAGAAAGAAGAUGACUCGCUUGCAGGACUGGCGACGCCACCAUUGCUAACAAUUACAACGGAUCAGAAGGAAGCACAGAGCGCUUCAAGCGCAGAUGCCAAGAAACCAGAUGCUGGCACCGCUGCCGGGGACGCCAUCGUGAUCGACAGCGAUGGCGACGACGAAGACGACGUGCCUCUGGCCUUCGCUCCCAAAGCAGGUGCAGCGGACGGCAAAACGAUCGAUCUCACCGACUCUCCGACUCUAGCCAACCUUCCCAAGCCUCAGCCUUCCGACAUUCCUGCAAACCCAAUGCUUACACUACCAGACUCGACAACAGCAUCGACCACCACCGCUACUGGUACCGCCGCGCCUGCUGGCAUUCCAGGUCUCGAUCUCUCAGCAUUCGGCAUCGACAUGUCCUCGCUAGGCAACAUGUCUGACCUCUCCUCGCUCGGCAUCCCGUCCCUCGCUAACACCACCACUACGAAUACCACCUCCACCGCCGACGCAUCUUCCCUCCCGCCGGCGACCGAUUUCUCAGAAUUAGAAAAGAUGAUGGGCAUCGACCUCUCGUCCACCUCCACCUCAGCGGAUCCAGCAUCUUCAUCGGCAUUGCCGAACCUCUCCUCGCUGGGCAGCUUCGGCCUCGGAGGUGGGGAUGGCGGAUUCGGCGAUGAGAACGACAUGUUCGGCUCGGGUUCGGGUGGAUUGGAUCUGAGCAACUUUGAUUUCUCGAGCCUCAAUGCUGGGGGUGAUGCGGGCAUGGGUGCGGGUGCAGGGGUGGAUUUGAGUUCUUUCUUGACCAACUUUGCAUCGGGUACGGGAGAUGAGGCUAGUAAGGAGGGCGGUGGCAGCUGA